UAUCCUGACCCUUUCAUGGAGCCACUCUUUGGAGUGGGUGUAUAUCAAAUGGGGGCUGUGGUUUAGUGGUAUAAUGUUCCCUUAGCAUGGGAGAGGUCCUGGGUUCGAUUCCCAGCUGCUCCACAUCUUUUUGCAUCCCUCCCCUCCGUAGGGUGUGUUUUUUUGGCUUCAUUAUCGCAAGUUGUUGUGUGGGUGGUGUUGCCACCUCGAGUGUACACACACUUGUGGGAUAUUCGGUGCACGUGAUAUUUUUAUUCGGCUGUUUAUUAGGGCUAGCUAACAACCAACGGGCAACAACGAUACAAAUAUGGCUUUUUGGAUUGAUUUUGGGAAUCGUGUAUGAUAUGAUGUAUAUGUUGCAUAUAGAUAUAGAUAUUACAGGGGGGGCGUUUCACAAUCGCAUAUUGAUUACCCUAGUUCUUGUAUGUUAACCCUAACGGGGCCUAAUCGGGCAGCUUCUGGUGACAAG